AUGCUCAUCGGCCGCAACUAUCGCAAACGGCAGGUGGUUGUCACACUCUCUGUCGGGGGGAUGAUCGAGUUGCUGCUCCUGUGCUUCCAGCUGUGGUGUUUCGACUUGCUGGUCGUGUCCGACGACAGUAUCCUAAGACAGUAUCCUAAGCUGCAGCUAUCGGGUGUCAGUGAUUCAACGCAUGACUUGAAGCUCUCUAUUCCGUAUUGCACUAUUCGUGGUUGGGGUUCGCACAGUGAAAAUAUCGAAGCAAUGAGAAUAGUGCUUCGCCUGAAAUGA